UUUGUUUGUUAUUGUUUUUUGUUUUGUUUUUCAGCAGUGUAGAUGUAUUCAAGGUUGGUCAUUUUCUGUCUCAGCUGCCCAAAGUCAUUAAGACUUGAACAGUACAUCUAUUCUAUAGCGAGUAUGGCACAAGGAUCUUAAGAUUCAGAAAAAUGUGCUUAAGCAGUGCUUUGCAUUUUUGUCCAUUUAAGAGUGCACAUUGCCGUGAGCAUGGCACGGAGAUAUGUUCGGCCAGAUUAGAUCGCAUCUACUCCUUUAGCAUGAUAUUUGUUAAUUGAUUUAAAGAGCCAUUACGCCAAAUAAUGACUGAAAAUAUCUUCACUAUUAAUCGAGUGGUCUAACCGAAAAACAGAAGUCACGUGCGCGCUGGUUAGUGGAAGUAAACAACUGACCUGUUCUUAUGUCGCCCCCUGUAGGAAGAAAGCUGACAUGACCGAAGGCUGCAGCGAGCGUGGACCUCUGUGUUGCCAAAUCAUCUUCCAGACGCUUGAAUGUGUUUUUUAAAUGCUUUUGAGUCACUCUUAAGAACACCGAAAUGAAAAACACAGUUUUUAUUGACGGAGCAAACUGCGCUCAGUUCAGCCUGAUUAGUGUUGCCAGAUUGAGCAUUUUACCUUCCACUUAAGAUAUAUUAAUUAAUUUGGGAUUUAUAUUAAAUAUAGAGAGAACCUGAUGAACAGGAGGGAACGAUAUAAUUUGGCAACCAUCUGGAUAGGCUAUACUGUGAGUACCAAAAGGCUACUUCUCUGUGUGUGUAUGAAGUCUGCGUUUAAAGAGUUAAGAACACAGGACUGGGAAACUGCUGUCGCGAGAAGAUGUAAUAGUCUAUAGACUAUAUCAUUUGUUUGCAUAUGCAUGUGUGAGAUAAGCGUGUGUGGGGGGGGUUGGAAUAGUAAACACAAUACAACAUGGCAACCCGGACCCCACUCUGUCUGUGUGUGUGUGUGUGUGUGUGUGUGUGUGUGUGUGUGUGUGUGUGUGUGUGUGUGUGUGUGUGUGUGUGUGUCAGCGCAGAGGAGCGGAUCAGGAUGGCGGAGUGAGGGGUGAGAGGAUGAGACUGCCCAGCUCCGUCCUGGUGUCGGUGUCUCUGUUCACGGCCGAAACCACGGCAGCGCUGUACCUGAGCUCCACGUACCGCUCGGCAGGAGAUCGGAUCUGGCAGGGCUUCACGCUGCUCUUCACGCUGGUGCCGUGCGUGCUGGUGCAGCUCACCCUAAUCUUCAUCCACCGAGACCUGAGCAGAGACAGGCCGCUCAUCCUUCUGCUGCAUCUUCUUCAGCUCGGACCUGUCAUCAGGUGUUUGGAUGCCUUUUGUAUCUAUGGAAGCUCGGGAAAGAUGGAGGAGCCGUAUGUCACCAUCACUAGGAAGAAACAAAUGCCUCAGUGUGGCCGGGCUGAGGAGGUGGAACAUGAAGUCGGGCAGGCCGAGGGCAAGUUGGUCGCUCACCGAGCAGCCUUCGCACGGACCUCCGUCAUUCAGGCCUUUCUGGGCUCCGCCCCUCAGCUCACACUGCAGCUCUACAUCUGCGUGCUGCAGAGAGAUGUUUCCAUUGGGAGAGGCACCCUGAUGGUCAUCUCUCUGCUCUCUAUCGUGUACGGUGCGCUUCGCUGCAACAUCCUGGCCAUCAAGAUCCGUUACGACGACUACGCAGUGUCAGUGCAUCCUGCGGCGUACGUGUGCGUGCUGCUGUGGCGUAGCUUCGAGAUCGCAGCACGCGUCGCUGUGCUUGUGCUUUUCGGCUCCGUGCUGAAGGCCUGGCUGCUGCCGGUAGUCCUGCUCAGCUUCUUCGCCUUCUUCCUGCAGCCAUGGGUGGAAUUCUGGCGCAGCGGCUCACCGUUCCCCGAGAGCAUCGAGAAGACACUGACACGCGUGGGCACGGCCACCGCGCUCGCCAUGCUCACUUUUCUGUACGCCGGCAUCAACGUUUUCUGCUGGUCGGCCGUGCAGCUCAAGCUUGACGACCCUGAUCUGAUUGACAAAAAUUACGGCUGGAGGCGAGCAACCGCUUACUAUUCUAUACGCUUCGUCGAGAACAUAGCACUCACAUCUCUCUGGUUCACCCAUCGCACCGAAUUUUAUCGACAAGUAGACGCACCAGUCCUGGAGCUGCUGCUGCUGCUUAGCUACGCCCUUGCUGUGUUCUUCAUGCUCCUCUUCUACCAGUGCUGCCACCCCUGCAGGCACCUGUUCUCCUCCAGCCCAGUGCAAGGACUAUGGGAGUGCUGUGGCUCACUAAGGAUACCGUCUGUGUCAUGUUCCCCACCUGGAUGCACACAGAGAAAAGAGUCAUUAGAGAACCCUGAGCAAGCCGUGGACCAUGAACCGAUUUCCAGCACUAACGGAGACAUCAACCAGUGUCUGUGCUGAGUCCCUAGUGAAGCGCUAAAGAGCCACAGUAUAGAUGGAAAAAUGGCGUAGGUGGCAAAUCACUUGGAUUCAGCUGAGAUGCUUUAGCUGAGAAUUAGUGUGAAACAUUGUGAUUCAGGCACAAACUGAGGACAAAUGGAGCUGUCAAACUGUGACCAGCCAAUCAUGACACUUUCCUGAGAUGGAUUUUUUUUUUUUUUUUAAAGUGCCCUUUAUGGACCAGAAGCUUGAUUAGCCAAUGAUAACUUCAUGUAUGUUAUGUGGAUUGUGUGAAAAGUCUUUAUUUGUUUAAGACAAGCCAGUCCGCAUGGUUGAGGCUUGGGUUAUUUAAGUUCUAUUACUGAAUGCAUUUGCUGUUUAACGUUGACAAAAAAUAGAAUAUAAGCGUAUGCGUAUAAAAGACUCCUGAACGCAACCUUUACAUUCCAUGCACAUUUAUUCCUUUGACAAGCAACUUACCAUUACAGUAGAUACAGUCCAAGCAGUUAAGGGUCUGUUAGAGCCUUAAUCACGCACUCAUCACUGCCACGUAUUAACACCGUUUUAUCACCUUAACUGAUACAUUAUUUCCAGAUAGUCAGCGUUCCACUUUUCCUUUUUCUUGGCUUUAACUAUACACGCAUUUACGGUUUUAACUGAUUUCACAUGGAUGUAAAACAAAUGAUUCAUGCGUACACCAAUGGAAAUGCUUACACUGGCGUUAGUUAAGCUCUAAUCAUAUCGAAAUGCCGUUUGGUGUCCUUGAUAAUUGGUUCAUCCCCUGUGUUCCGAAGAGUUUCCGUUUUAUUUACAAGCUUCUCAGGUUUAUACCUCGAUUAUCUCGUCUUAUUAUGUUUAUUGAUCAUUUACCAGCAUCCGUCUUUCAGAAGGAUAGUGUAUGACGUCUGUGAUGGUGUGUUUCUAUCGUACAGGUUUUAAUCAUAAAGCCGAGUAAGGGAAGAUUUUGGGAAGAUACUUUAAAAGGUCUGUGUGUUCUAUUUCUUUUUUCUUUUUUUUUUUUAAUGUAUGAUUUACUCUGUCAUUUAACUAUUUAAUUAUCCGCACGUAUAUUCUGCGGUUCUCUUGCUUUACAAAUGGAAAGGGACCACGUUUGCACACUGUAGAGGAAAAUGAAAUGGCUUUACGCAGGCAGGAUGAUUGUAUUUAAGCUUUUGGCGCCCUCUGGUGUUCGGGUAAAUGAAGGUAACUUUUCAGCUGGGCAAAGUCAUUUUAAAAUGUGAUCUACGAACGACUGCUUGUCACAGCUUUCUUCUGUACGUGGAGUCUGAGAAAAUAACAAGAAUAAAAAAAUGUAAAGACCAGAGAA